AUGUGGCCUAUUAUCUCGUAUCCUGAGGUGUCAAUAGACUCAUUGAACGAAAAAUACGACUACAUCGUCGUGGGUGGUGGCACUGCAGGCUGUGUGCUCGCCAAUCGCCUGAGUGCAGACCCAUCCAAGACCGUACUGUUGUUGGAACGCGGUCCACGCGCAGAUUCAUGGGCUUCACGCGUCCCUCUCUUUUCCUCCGACGUCGCGUCGGACGGCUCGCCCACGCUCAAGCGCACCAGCGAGAAACAGGAUGAGAUUGGCCGGCCGCUUCUGCUGUUCUCGGGUGGGGCACUUGGAGGGACUAGCAGGGUUAAUCAGGCGAUCUAUACGCGCGGGCUGCCUGCAGAGUACGAUCGGUGGGCUGCAGCAGGAAGGAAAGGAUUGAGUUGGGAGGAGUUAAGGCCGUACUUUCUCAAGUCGGAGUGUGCGUUGUCCGGGGCAGUGGAAGGCAUCCACAGCACUGAAGGCGAAUGGAAGAACAGAACGUUGGGCGGCUACCACUUUGACAGUUUCAGCGAAGCCGUUUCAGCCGCCGAGGUGCUUGGUCUGCCGCACAUUGACGACAUCAAUUCUCCGAUUCACCCGCCAUUUGGCUGUGGACAACUGCAUUUUACCAUCGACGAGAAGGGACACCGAAACUCAGCAUAUGAUGCAUUUCUCCCGGAUUCACUCGCAAACGCACGCAAGGCGAAUCUACAUAUAUGUACGAAUGUGUUGGUAGAGAAGAUUGACGUCCAGCGGCUGGAAAACGGCAGUUGUGCCGCGCGAGGGGUGACCUUGCUUGCAAACGCAGAGAAGAACAUGGAGAGGAGAAAACACGUUGAGGCGCAUCGAGAGAUCGUAUUGUCUGUGGGGCUGUUUGGUAGUCCGCAGAUUCUCAUGCUCAGAUUGUACGGCGUGCUGAGAAACUGUAGUGGGAUCGGACCGUCCGAGCAUCUCAAGGAGCACGGCAUACCUGUCGUGAAGGAUCUCCACGCAGUGGGCUUGAAUUUGCAAGACCAUUUUGGUGUAUCAGUCGGGUUCUUCGUCCCCAUGCGAGACUCGCUGCUAUCGCUGCAAACACAACCAUGGCGAUUCUUCAUGGAGCUGCUCCGGUACCUGAUCUGGGGGACAGGCCUUCUACUGGGUCCCGUGCUGCAACUUGCGAUCUUCAUGCACACGGGGCUUUUGGACAGCACGGGGCAGCCGACAAAGGCUGAGAAGGAGUUCAAAGAACAGGUGCCCGGCAUUGAGAUCAUGCCUCUGGCAUACGGCAGUAUUGACGUUGAGAUGCCGCGUUCUCGCGGCCUGUUCAGCUUCCUCAAUGUGCUGCUCCACCCCCGAAGCAAAGGCACUGUACGGCUGUCCUCGAGCGAUCCACGCGAACCGCUCAUCGUCGACCCGCAAUUCCUUUCGAACCCUGCCGAUAUCGUGCCACUGCGCGCCUCGGUGAAGCUGUCGCUUCGUCUGUGCGACCAAAUGCGCAAGCACGGGUACAUGAUGGACGACUGGCUCGUGCCCGAGAGCGAGAGUGACGAGGACCUGGACAGGUUCAUCCGGACGCACAAUCGCACGACGUACCACUAUUCGUCGACGUGUCGGAUGGCGCCGGAGGACGACGCCGAAGGUGGGGGUGUCGUGGAUGAUGAGCUGAGGGUGUAUGGUGUGAGAGGCUUACGAGUGGCGGAUACCUCGAUUCUGCUAUGGAUUCUGGGAACACACUUGCAGGCUCCUGCGGUGAUGAUAGGAGAGAAAUGCGCGGAUAUGAUACUCAGACCAUCAUAG